GUCCCCGCCGCCAAGUUCCCUUUAAACCCUAAACUUAACUUGAAGACUUUGCCUGAGGUUUUAUCAGUGACGGCAGUCGCCGAGACUGCGAAAUAGGGGCUGGCGACACCGCUUCGCCAUCAAUACUUCUGAAAAAGUCUCCUCUAUGCUGGGCACCGCCUUUUAGACAUGGAAGGCAUCGAAUUGGAAGGCUUCGACCAGUUUCCGGACUCACCAACCGGCGAUUUCUGCGAAUCGAUACUCCGUCACUUCUCGAAAUCCGAUCAAGAAGACAAUCAACGCCUCUGCGCCACCGUCGGCGCAAUGGCGCAAGAACUGAAGGAGCAAGGUUUGCCUCUCACACCGGUAGCCUACUUCGGCGCUACGUGUUCUUCCCUCGACCGUCUCUCCUCCGAACCGGAUUCUCCUCCUCACGUCGUUCAGUCUCUCACCACUAUCCUUUCUCUCCUUCUUCCCCGUAUCCCAGUCGCCGUUUUGAAAAAGAAAGGAGAUUUCGUUUCGAAAAUUGUCGUUACGGUCUUAAGAUUAGAUUCCGUUACGGAGGUUACGGUGACGUCAGGUUUGAAAUGCUUAGCUCAGUUAUUGAUUGCCGGAGAUAAGGUUAAUUGGUCUGAUAUAUCGCAAAAUUACAGUGUUGUAAUCGGAAACUUAACUGAUUCCCACUCCAAGGUGAGAAGGCAAUCGCACUUGUGUAUCCGUGAUAUUUUACAAAGCUUCCGAGGUAUGCCAGUUCUGCCACUGGCUAGUGAAGCUAUAUCUAACAUGUUUGAGAGGUUUCUUUUGCUCGCUGGUGGUUCAAAUGCGAAUUCGAGUGAAGGGGCAAAAGGAGCUCAGGAAGUUCUCUAUGUUUUAGAUGCUCUUAAGGACACCAUUCCUCUUAUGUCGAUGAAAUACAUGACAACAAUUCUCAAGUACUAUAAAACUUUAUUGGAAUUUCGGCAACCUCUUGUUACUAGGCGAGUAACAAAUAGUUUGAAUGCAGUUUGUACUUAUCCGAAUGUAGAGGUUUCAGCUGAAGCAUUGCUGGAUUCAUUAUCUUUGUUGGCUCUAUCUAUCUCUGCAAACGAAACUUCUCCAGUUAGCAUGACUUUUAACGCCCGUUUGUUGAGCUCCGGAAUGAUGAAAGUCUAUUCUCUUAAUCGACAACUUUGUGUGAUUAAACUUCCCGUUAUGUUCAGCGCACUCAAAGAUAUUAUUGGUUCAGAACACGAAGAAGCUAUUUUUUCUGCUACAGAGGCUUUCAAGACCCUGAUAAAUGGUUGCAUUGAUGAGGGUUUGAUCAAACAGGGAGUGGAUCAGAUAAUUAAUUCAAAAUCGGAUGAUAGAAAGUCAGGGCCGACUAUAAUUGAAAAAGUUUGUGCAAUUGUCGAGAGCUUACUUGAUUAUCAUUAUAGUGCAGUAUGGGACAUGUCAUUUCAGGUUGUUUCAACAAUGUUUGAUAAACUAGGCUAUUAUUCCUCAUAUUUUAUGAAGGGAACCCUUAAGAACUUGGCUGACAUGCAAAGCUUGCCAGAUAAGGAUUUUCCUUACAAAAAUCAGUUGCAUGAGUGUGUUGGAUGUGCUCUUGGUGCGAUGGGCCCUGAGACAUUUUUAGGAAUUUUGUCACUGAAUUUUGAGGCUAAUGACCUUUCAGAUGUUAAUGAUUGGCUAUUCCCAAUUCUGAAGCAGCAUAUUAUAGGUGCACAUUUGAGCUUCUUUAGUGAGACACUUUUGGGUCUGGUUGGAGAAAUGAAACAGAGGUCUCGGAAGCUUGAACUAGAAGGAAAAGUUCGCUCAUCAAGUAUUGCAGAUGGUUUUGUAUACAAAGUGUGGUCCUUGUUACCCUCCUUUUGUAAUUACCCUUUGGAUACUGCCAAAAGCUUCAAGGAACUUCUAAGUCCUAUAUGCAGUGCCCUUCAUGAUGAACAUGAUCUACGUGGAAAAAUAUGCUCUAGUUUGCAGAUUCUAAUUCAACAGAAUAAGAAAAUUAAGGAAGGAAAAGAUGAUUUGGAUGUUGCUGAGUUAAGUCCUGCCCAACUGCGAGCUGUGUCUCAUUAUACCCCAGAGAUUGCUAGGGAAAAUUUGAAAGUGCUUUCUGCACCUGCUCCACAGUUAUUGUCACUUUUGUCAGGGAUCUUCAUGGAAUCUACAGUAGAUGAGGGUGGUUCUUUGCAGUCCACAAUUGGGGAGUUUGCUUCCAUAGCACAUGAGAAUGUUGUCAGAACCUUAUUUAAAAAGACAAUGCAGAGGCUUUUGAAAGUCACACAAGAGGCUGGGAUGGCUGAGGCAUCAAAGAGUAAUAAUUCUAUGCAGGUUGAUGAGUCAUCAUCUAAAAGCUCAUUAUCUCUCCAAAGGGCGCGGUUAUUUGACCUGGCAGUUUCACUAUUGCCUGGUUUAGAUGAGCCAUCAUUAGACGUCUUAUUCAGUGCAAUAAAACCUGCAUUGCAGGAUGUGGAUGGCUUGAUUCAGAAAAAGGCUUACAAAGUUCUUUCAAUAAUUCUGAGGAACCAAAAUGGGUUUCUAUCUGCUAAACUGGAAGAUUUGCUUAAACUUAUGAUUGAGGUGCUGCCAUCACUCCACUUUUCUGCAAAACGUCACAGGCUCGACUGUUUGCAUCAUCUGAUAACAUAUGCCUCAAAGGAGGAUUUAAACCUGAGGAGACACGAGAUUCUUAGUUCUUUCCUGACUGAAAUAAUCCUUGCUUUGAAAGAGGCUAAUAAGAGAACUAGAAAUAGAGCUUAUGAGGUCCUUGUCCAAAUUGGCCAUGAAUAUGGAGAUCAAGAUGACAGUGGACAGAGGGAACAGCUGUUUAAUAUGGUUGCUACAGGUUUGGCUGGAAAAACUCCUCAUAUGAUUAGUGCUGCUGUGAAAGGCUUGGCCCGGUUGGCUUAUGAGUUCUCGGAUCUUGUUUCUUCUGCUUACAAGUUGCUUCCUUCCACAUUUCUUCUCCUUCAAAGAAAGAACAGAGAAAUUAUUAAAGCUAAUUUGGGUUUAUUGAAAGUGUUGGUGGCCAAAUCAAAAGCUGAAGGCUUGGAAGCACACCUGGCCAGCUUGGUGGAAGGUUUGUUGAAGUGGCAAGAUGAUACCAAAAAUCAUUUUAAAGCGAAGGUAAAGCUUCUUCUGGAAAUGCUCGUCAGGAAAUGUGGUAUCGAUGCUGUAAAGGCUGUGAUGCCUGAAGAACACAUGAAGCUCCUUACUAACAUACGAAAGAUCAACGAGAGGAAAGAGAAGAAACAGGCUGCGGGUUCUGUGGAAAGUAAAUCUCAUCUGUCGAAGGCAACUACGUCCAGGCUUAGCAGAUGGAAUCAUACAAAAAUAUUCUCUGAUUUUGAUGAUGGUGAUAGUGGCGUGGAAAUGGCUUCUGACCAAAAGAGCAGAGCCUCGUCGAAAUUGAAAUCAAAAGCAGCUUCACUGCGGUCCAAGAAAACGCGGAGAGCGGAUAAGAGCUUGCCCGAGGACUUGUUUGACCAGUUAGAAGACGAGCCACUGGACUUGCUUGAUCGGCAUAAAACAAGAUCUGCUCUUCAAUCAUCUUCAAACCUCAAGCGGAAGCAAGAUUCUGAUGAUGAACCGGAGUUCAACCCUGAUGGGCGCUUGAUAAUUCACGAGGGAAAGAAACCAAAGAAGGCCACAGCAUCUGAUGCUGAUUCAGAUAAGAGAAGUGAAGCACAAAGUCAUUUCUCGGUUGGCGCUUCAAGGAACAACAACCAGAAGCGAAGGAAAACAUCAGAGUCGGGAUGGGCGUACACCGGAAGUGAGUAUGGUAGCAAGAAGGCCGAUGGGGAUGUAAAGAGGAAGGAUAAGCUCGAACCGUACGCAUACUGGCCUCUCGAUCGCAAGAUGAUGAGCCGUAGGCCAGAACAUCGGGCGACUGCGAGGAAAGGCCUGUCAAGUGUGGUGAAAUUGACAAAGAAGCUUGAAGGUAAGAGUGCCUCAGCUGCACUUUCUGCUAAAUUCAUGAAGUUUAAAAAGAAAAGUGGCAAGAAGAAAAGGUGAAAAUAACAU